AUGAUUAUUCAUAUUUUUCUCUUUUUUGCUCUAUUGGGCUUAGUUUCUUGUCAACGUUGCGAUUGGAUUGAUGCUAUAGCGAUACGUAAGGCUGAGAUAAAGAAGCAAUGUUAUAGUAUGAAAGCACACCGAACUCAUACGUGUGCAAAGGCAUCAUUCGACGUCGAGGCUUCAAGAGAGGAAUCGGAAAAUACACCACUUUAUAUAUGUUCAAAACGAGGACUAAGGAAAAAUUUCGUUUACAACGAGCACUUUGAGCUACCACUACAUCUGCGUUAUCAUGCUGCUACCGGAAAAGAUGCUGUGGUAACAAUACCUGCUCCACAGCUGCUUUUGAGAUGUUUGGAAAAUUCAACUUUCCUUACCAGCCACUGUAAAAGAUAUUUAGUUAAAGCAUCUUGUGAUUGUUCAAACGAAUCACACUGCGAAUGGUUGAUGAUACCGUUGUUGAAGUACAACGAAGCACAGUUCAAAAUACCAACUGGAAAUGCGUCUUCUCUUAAAUUCGUUUUAUUUAUUACCAUUUUCACGGUUAUUUGCUGUGCUGUAACGAUAAUUAUUGCUAUAAUGAAGAACAGUGUGAAAGGAAAAGUCAAGUAG